GUUCCCGCGUUCAGGUGCGGCGGCGCCGCUCCUCCCCUGGGCUCCACAGCCCCGCGCCGCGGCCAGGUUCGGGGCUCGGGACGCUCAGGAGGGUGAGCGCUCUCGGCGAGUAAUAUACUGCAUUUUGAUUUUCUAGAACCCGAGCCCUGCGGAGCUCCCGGCGGCCCGGCCCCAAGGCGCUGCGGCCGCGCCGCGCGGCCCUGUCUGCGCGCGCCAUGAACACCAUCGUCUUCAACAAGCUCAGCGGCGCCGUGCUUUUUGAGGACCGCGGGGCUCCGGAGCGGGAGCGGGGCGGCAGGCCCUACGGCGGCGUCCUGGACAGUACGCACGCUCGCCCCGAGGUGGGCAUUACGGACGGCGCGCCCCUCAAGGACAACCUGGGCCUGAGACACCGGAGGACCGGGGCCCGGCAGAAUGGCGGGAAGGUGAGGCACAAGCGGCAGGCCCUGCAGGACAUGGCGCGGCCCCUCAAGCAGUGGCUGUACAAGCACCGCGACAAUCCGUACCCCACCAAGACGGAGAAGAUUCUCCUGGCGCUCGGCUCGCAGAUGACGCUAGUGCAGGUGUCAAAUUGGUUUGCUAAUGCAAGACGUCGGCUUAAGAAUACUGUUCGACAGCCAGAUUUAAGCUGGGCCUUAAGAAUAAAGUUGUACAAUAAGUAUGUUCAAGGAAACGCUGAGCGGCUGAGUGUAAGCAGUGAUGACUCAUGUUCUGAAGAUGGAGAAAAUCCUCCACGAAACCACAUGAAUGAAGAAGGCUAUAAUAAUCCAGUUCACCAUCCUGUGAUUAAAAGUGAGAGCUCAGUCAUAAAAGCUGGAGUGAGGCCAGAGUCACGGGCCAAUGAGGACUACGUAUCGCCCCCAAAAUACAAGAGCAGCUUGUUGAAUCGUUACCUUAACGACUCUUUGAGACACGUCAUGGUCACAAAUGCUGCCAUGAUGGGAAAGACAAGGCAGAGAAACCAUUCAGGAUCUUUUAGUUCCAAUGAAUUUGAGGAGGAAUUGGUAUCUCCCUCAUCGUCAGAAACCGAAGGCAAUUUCGUCUAUCGCACAGACACUCUGGAAAAUAGAUCCAGUAAGGGUGACAGUGCAGCUAAUAGAAAGGGACCAAGCAAGGACGACACGUACUGGAAGGAGAUCAAUGCAGCCAUGGCCUUAACAAAUCUCGCACAGGGAAAAGACAAGCUGCAGGGGACCACCAGCUGCAUUAUCCAGAAGUCGUCCCACAUUGCAGAAGUGAAGACGGUCAAAGUGCCCCUGGUUCAGCAGUUUUAAGAGUUUGUCACCUUUCAGAUCGAUGGCUGUUCUUCACAUCAGUGUUUUUUCAUAAACCCUCAUCCUAGGGGCUGGAGCAGCAGUGAAGAUGACUCCUUUUCAAGCCUCUUCCUAUUUUUAAUCGUCCUAAAUAUAUCAUUUAGUUGCUUCUAUAAAAGACGUAUAAAUUAUAAGACCUCACUUUAAUCAAAAAUAUUAACUUAUUUUAUGUUACUCCAAGUAUGCAUAAAAUGUCUGCAUUGCUAUUACAGUAAGUGCCUUGCUUUCCCGAAAAUAAGCUGCAACGUGGGCAUAGUAGAGCAGCUGUGCCUCAAAAUGACAACACCACAAUGCUCAUGAGACUGUGAGUGCCAUUCCAGAUGGACCUACCCACGCCAGGACUCAAACCAUAAUUGCUGAAAGCCCUUGAAAUGUAUUCACUAAUUCACAUGUUAAAACUUGGAAAUCUGUUCAGCCCAAAUGAAGUGUUCCUUUAAAAAAAAAAAUUCUGAAGUAUUUAAAAUUGUUCAGUGUGCUUUGCCGAGGGACAGUGAGAAUUUUAUGCACGUAUCUUGCCUGCAUAUCUGGUUGGUUACAAACUUCCAAAAUAAAAGGUUCAGGGAUCACAUAAUGUGUACAUUCAAGAAAAAUGGCAAUGAACGUGAUCAGAAAAGAAGUUUUUAAGCACUGCUGGAAAACACCACAAUGCUCUUCAGAAUUGAUUUGGAUUUUCUUUUUCUCAAGUUUUGCCGAAGUUUUCAAAAAGUUUAUUAUCUAAAUAACUCGAAAUGUUCCCGUGUAAAACUAAAACUAUAGUUUAGGUUUAAAAACAUAAUCCUGUUUGCGUUAGAGUUCAGUGUUUUUUGUAAUGGAAACUGUUUUUCAUAUGGAAUAGCUAAAAACCUCUUAUUUGGUCCAUUUCAAAUUACAGUUGCUGAUGGACAACUUAUAUUGCAUUGAGAACAAGGUAAUAAAAGAAAUGUAUCUCGAUGUGAAUAUACAUACACACACAAAAUUGAUUUUUAAAUUUAAAACAUAUGGGAAACAAAACAUUGAACAGUCUCUGACUUUUGCCAAAUAGGACAUUAAGGUGAAAUCAUGUAUUAAAAGAAAGAACAUUUUGUUUCUAAAUUAGACUAUCAUGGAGUGAGAAUAAUCAAUAUCAAGAAAGAUCUUUUUCAAUCAAACGUUAAUAUUCUAAUCAGCUUGGGGAGGCUUGAAAUUUGAAUAAACCGUAGGGAUGCCAAAUAUAACAGAAUAUUUGUGCUCAGAGAAGUAAAAAGGAUUUGUCUCUUUUAUGGCGGGAUGUUUUUUCUGAGUAUGUAACCUAUUUUAUAAAUUUUUUUUGAAACUGGAAAGCGUUUUUGUGAGUGUGAAUGACAGCCAACAGUGCAGCCACGUGGUGACAUUUUUCUUUAUUUUGCAAAAUGCUUUUAAACCAGAGGCUGCUCUAGUUGAUACAUGGACAGUAUCAGUCUUGAUACACAUUGUAGGACACUUUUUCAUGUAACAUAACAUUUGGGGAUUGGGUUUAUUUAGUGUAAUGAAAAUAAUUUGAUAUUAAGAUAUUUUGUACAUAUAUAUAUUUUUACUUUGUUUUCUAAAUUGCUGUUUGCAGUAAGAGUAAGUGCAAAGCAAGAUAUGUAAGUUAUGACUGUAUGAUCAGAUGAAGUAUGAGUUCUUCUGGUUUACAAGAUCCUUAAAUAGUUACAGAUCCAUGAUAAAACUUUGGAAUCUUUAUAAAACAAUUUUUCGAAAAUGUGAUCAUGUCAGUGAAAACUAAGGACAAGUACUUCACUCUUUUUCAUACUAUUAUAAGUUAUUCUGGUAUUAAAUAUUUUAAUAAAAUUGUUUUUGUUUUUACAUAUUUCAGUUAGAUGAAUGGAUGCUGGUUGUUUUUUAAUUUGAAUUAGUCAUAAUUCAUUUUUACCAUCUUUUCAAAAAGAAUCAACAGAUUUGUUCUAUGUUAUAAACCAUGGAUGACAAGCCAGUAUAGGACAGCUCUUCACAUGAUUUUCUUUAAAUACCAAAGCUUGGAGUCUGGCCUAUAAACACAUCAAGGCGAUUUGACAAUUAGCACAUCCUGGCAUAAUAGCUCCAAUUGCAAUUACUUUUACUUUACUUUUGCUGCUUUCACAUUUUCUGGAAAUCAAAGUCCCCCCGACCUUUAAAAGCAUCUUCAACAAUGCUGAGUCAGCUGCUGAGACUCUAACUCAUAAUUUAUGUUGUAGAGAAAUAGAAUUACCUCUAUUCUUUGUUUUGCCAUAUGUAAUCAUUUUAAUAAAUUUAAUAACUGCCAGGAGUUCUUGACAGAUUUAAAAUAAAAGUUAAUUUCUAGACCUCAAUGAUCAUAUGAAUUUUGUUUUCCUUUGAGAGCUGACCAGGUGGAGAGGGCAGUAGAACACAAGGGUCCAUUAUAUGCCAUAAUUCUCCUUAGGUUGGUCAGGGAUAUGAUAUCGGGGCACUGCAUUUGUAUUAGGGUUGAAUUUCAUCACCUUAGACCACCAACCCACCCUUUAAGAGCCGAGGAAAAGUAGGAUGCUAACGGUUAAAAUACAUAACUUUAGAAUGAAGAUUUUCAUUAAAAACCUUCCAGUAGCUAAUACAAUACGCAUUAUUACUGGGUGCUGUGCACUGGAGAGAACCUUGGCUUUGAGGCUAAGCAGAUGUACGUUUGCAUCCCAGCUCUGCCACUCACUACUGUAGGGUCCAGACUCAGUCACUCUCAGCUUCAGUUUCUUCACCUGCAAAGUGAGAGUAAUGAGUUAUACCCUGUAGACUUUGCUGCAGGGUUCAGAGAUAAUAUACAAUAUAUAAAGUGCCUACCACAGUGCUUGGCAUUUAAUAGGUGCCCAAUAAAUGGAAGGUAUUAUCACAUAAUUUUAAUUCCCUUAUAUAGGGUUUAUGUGCAAGAAAGUAGAAAUAUAAAUGGAAUAUGAGAUGUGGGUAGUUUAAUAAAGAGCCUUGAGAAAGGAAAGCUGUCUGAUGUGAAAGAUUGCAGUGAAAUGGUAAAAGUUGGUAUCAGAAUUAGAACGUCAAGAAAGAUCAUUUCAUUGUCAUUAGUCUGAAACUCCUGGAGAAAAGCUUGAAGUAGAACAAAGGUAGGGAAGAACAGACGUGCCCGCAGAAGACGCAGCAUGUGCGAUGCCUUCGUUCCGAACAGCAAGAACUGCUUUCCCCUCUUUUUGUCCUGCUUGAUCCUGUUCAGGAUGACUAAGAACUCAAGCUGCUGUCUGUACUCUGCCUGCUCCAAGUAGCAAUGUUUAGCAAACAGUGGCAACGGCCGUGGUCUGCUUUUAAACUCAUCCAGCUCGAAGGCAUCACAUCGUGCAAAUAAACACAGAAAAUAAGAGCAAGCGCGCAGACUCUUGCGUCUGGGGCCGCUUAGGUCGGCCACGCCCUGGAAGGCAGUGCGGGGUGGCGUAGAGCUUGGGCCCGCGCAGCCUGGCUGGGCCUCUUCACUUCUGAGUGACUUUGGGGAGUAAGCAUAAGGCUUCUGUACCCAGUGUUUGCAUCUAUAAAAUUUGAUCUAUGAAAUUUACCUACUCCAAAGGUCUGUUAUGAGGAUGAAGUAAGACAGUGGAUAGAAAAGUGCUUUGCCAACUGCAUGGUACUGUACAACUGUUAACGAUUAUUAAUGAGUUCCAGAUGACUCGGAAAGGCCUAAUAUCCCAUAAUUUUUGGCAGAAUAAAUUGUGGUUUCCGUGACGCAUAGAGGACCCCUAGAUUUUGAAGACUUGUUAUGUGCCCCCACCUUUGGGCCUUCUUGAGUACAGAGUCUUUUGGUCCUGCGCUUCUUCAUAACAGUUAUGAUCAGAAUUAGGUCAUUGAUUGUCACACUGCAGGGACAGAGUCCUGACUUCACCGCUUCCUAGCUUUGAGACCCAUCCUAGAGACGAACUAAAAAUUUGGUUUGGUUGGUGUGUGCAUUGGCCAUAAUGAACUUUUUUUUAAGGUGAGAAAAACAGAUUUCUGAGUUUGGAAAAACAAGCUGAUGUGUUGUUACAUCUUUACACAGAUGACUCCAUGGAAAUUCAUCCCAUGUAAAGAUUGUCUCAGUAAGUCUUCUGAAACAAAUCUCAGCCCAAGUUUCCAGUUUCUGGAAACCUGAUCUGCAGUGAGCCUGAUUCAUGACUUCUAAAGAAAACUUUUUAAUUCAUGUUUUAAAACAUUAUAAAUGUAGCUUGUGCUAGUUGUAGAGACACUGAAGCAGUACAGAGGGACACAGAUAAAAAGCCCCAUGCCCUAUCUCUCCACGAUCCCAAUCCCACGUCCCAAAGAUAACCAUGGUUCACAACGUCUUGUGUAUGCUUCCAGAAACUCUAUGUACAUACAACCUUGUGCUUUUUCAUCUUGUACUUGGUACUAUAUUCCUACUGCUGUGCAACAUUUUUUACACUCCAUCCUAUGUGUGUGUACAUAUACAGUAUAUAUACAUAUAUACUAUAUGUAGCUUUCCUUAUUUUAAAUGAUUGCAUAGGAUUUUGGUUCAGGUUAUUAAAUGUAUCCAACAAAUACCCCUAUGGACUUAAGAGUUAUUUCCAAUUUUUACUUAUUACAAACUAGUGCUAUUCAAAGUGCUGUUUCACAUCGAGAUAAGGAGCUUUCGUCCAAAUACAAAUCAAUAUACUGUUUUCUUAAUCAAGAAAUUCUUUCUAUGAGAAAAGAUUGUCACCUGAACUCACAGUGCUCCUAGAAGUAUAGCUGAAUUACAUCCUGGCCCCUGAUCUCCCAGCAGACCAAUAACAAGCCAUCUGUAGAUUAUCACUGCUGUGCAGACCGUGUUUCAGUAGCACUGUUAUAAAUACUGAUGCAGUGAACCUUCUUGUGUGUAUAUGUCUUCAGCCACUUAUAUGUCUGUGGAAGUAAUG